AUGGGGAGGCCCGGAAACCGGUUGAUGUGCUUUAUGCGACUACCUGGAAGGCUGUACAUUCCCCUCCCCUUCCUCCCUCGUCGACGCCCGUGCAAUCUUUCACUUCACCCCGUCACUCGCGCAUCCGGUCGGUCGCGUACAGAGAGGCAGGAGUGUGCAGAGAGGGCCUGA